AAAGACCACCCAUCUAUGGAUCCAGCAUCACACCCGUCCGGACUCCAGAGCCAUCACUCACGGAACACGCGUUGUUCGUAUAUUUUAAUAUUUAUAAUUCCUAAUCGCAAACCACUACACUCAACGAUCAUUAUGGCUUUCAGGUUCGCAGUAUUGACAUCGGUCCUGGCAGCGGUGGCACACGGUUCCCCCGUGUACACGGCCGCCCCCUACGCGGCCUACCCCUACGAGGCCGCCCCGUACUCGCCCGCCCUAUACGCUCCGGCUCCGUACUACGCGGCGGCGGCUCCCAAGUCGUACGACGCGGACUACGACCCGAACCCGUCGUACUCGUACGCGUACGACGUGCACGAUCAGCUGACGGGGGACUCGAAGAGCCAGCACGAGAGCAGGCACGGUGACGUAGUGCACGGGUCGUACAGCCUGGUGGACCCUGACGGCACCAGGAGGACGGUCGACUACACCGCGGACCCGCACAACGGUUUCAACGCGGUCGUCACCAAGGAACCGCUGGCCAAGGGCUACGGAGCCGCGCCCGCCCGCGCCGCUUACCCGGUCAAGUCGUACGCGCCCGCGCCAGCCGUCUACCCGGCGGCCGUCAACGCUUAUGCGCCAAUUUACCCAGCCGUCAAGGCGUACGCACCGUCGCCGUACCACACGUACCCGGCUUACCACUGACCGGGUUCACGUGACCACCACCGCACCACCACAGAGACCCACUGAACCAGAUUACACACUGCACUAUUAUCCUACAGGUAUACCGCCAACACUCGCCAGUGAACCAUCAUCACGGCAACGUGUGCAGACACUCCGCCGUUGAAGAUAUAAAUUAAUUGCGAUAUUCGAAUGGAAACUUUUAUUUUUUUUUUGUUUUUGUCCUAUUUACGACACAAACGCAUAUACUAUAAAUUAUAAUAUAUAUAUAUACAUUUAUUAUAAGGUCUUAAACUUAUUUUUUUAGUUUCAUACAUAUUAUUAUUAUAAUUUUUAUAUUAUUUUCUAUAUAAUGCAACAGUACCGACAUCCUACCUACCUGCUUACUUAGUUUCUCUUGUUGUUUCUAUAUAAUAUUCAUAAACAUUAGACGGACUACAGUUGUAUUAUACUGUCGUGCGUUACUAUUUAUAUUUUGUUAACAUAUAAUAUAGUAAUUUUCUGUAUAAAUAUUUGUGUCUAUUCA